UAAAAGCUUUAAUUAAGAAAAGAUAAAACUCGACGCCCAAACUCAUUCAGUCUUCGUUGGUGACUGAAUCUGUCAGUGAUAGUGUUGGAGAAGAAAUACAAGAUCUCUAUCUGUCCUAUGUAAUUCUCAUGGAAAAUCACAUGAAGAUUUAUUGUUAACAAUUAGGGGGAUAAAAGAAAUCAACUUUCGAGAAAAGAUGCGUCGGGAGAUCUCGAUUUUGUUACAGCCUCGGUUCCUUCUUCUCUUGAUUGCGCUAUCGAUUCUACUCAUUUUCGCUUUCUCUGGAGCUAAGCGGGAAGAAGAGAAUAUUGUAGAAGAGGAGCAUGAAAUCACCCACAGAGUAUACUUGGAUGUCGAUAUUGAUGGCCAGCGUGUAGGUAGAAUUGUUAUCGGAUUGUAUGGUGAAGUUGUACCCAAAACUGUUGAAAAUUUCAGGGCUUUGUGUACAGGGGAGAAAGGCAAAGGUGCUAAUGGGAAAGCACUUCGUUACAAGGGAACACCCUUCCAUCGCAUAAUAUCUGGAUUCGUGGUUCAAGGCGGUGAUAUAAUUUAUGGUGAUGGAAGGGGAAGUGAAUCUAUAUAUGGUGGCACCUUUCGUGACGAGAACUUUAAGAUAAAGAAUUCUUUUGCAGGUGUAGUUUCCAUGGCCAAUACAGGACCUGAUUCUAAUGGCUCUCAGUUUUUUAUCACCACUGUCAAAGCCAGUUGGUUGGAUGGGGAGCAUGUUGUUUUUGGUAAGGUUAUUCAGGGCAUGGACAUUGUGUUUAUGAUCGAAGGGGGAGCCGGGACUUACAGCGGGAAACCUAGAAAGAAAGUCAUAAUCACCGACUCCGGAGAGAUUCCCAAGAACAGAUGGGAUGAGGAAACAUGAAGCUCCCUUGUUAUAUAAAAACAGCAGAGAUUUCUUUUCUUUUCUUUUUUGGUGUGUCUUGACUUUGCUGAUUUCUUUCUAAUAUAAUUGUUUCAUAUUUUGCUCCAUUGUAUCAUUUCCUUCAUGAACUAGUAACUUAGAUCCAA